AUGGCCCGCACAGGUGAAUCUACCAAGGCCAAAGUAUUUACUAGAGUAGACGCCGAGGACAUCAUUGCGUUGGUUUCGAAAAGACUCACAGAGUUUCCCAGAGCAAAGCUCCAUUGGCAAGACAAGACCAAGGACGGGUUUGACAUGCUCGAAAUGUACAAGAACCAUAUUUCACAAUUGGAGUUUCAAGCUCGCCGAAAUCCGAGCUCCGACCUUUUCGACGCGAUGCAGCAGCUUAUGGAGGAGAUUCAGAUCCUUCAUCUUGUCCUCAACCAGCAACUAAGUGUCCUAGAAAGCUCGCUAGAGUUCCUGGCUUGCUCAGAUGACCUCCCUACAAAGCUCAGCACAUCUGCUAUAUCUCAUAGCCGACAGCAUCUCAAGCAGACACAGCACGACCUUUCGCAGCUCGAAAGCAUGGCGGAUCGAGCCGCCGUAGCACUGCGGUACAUGCUCGAGGUACGAAAAGAGUCCAACAGCAAAGCCAUCACAUUAUUCACCAUCGUUACGGUCAUUUUUCUCCCACUGUCCUUCGUACCCUCGUACCUUGGUAUGAACAGCGUCGACAUCCGUGGCGGCAGCUUCACCCAAGGGCUGUUCUGGGCCAUCGCUAUGCCGAUCGUAGCCUUCCUGGUAGGUGGACUGUGGAUUGCCCUUCGGUUCCGCCGACGCAUCAGGCGGGUUGCUAUUGAUAGAUUGGAAAGUUGCAGGGGAUGGUGGCGGGGUACGAAUACCACUACAGGCUCCGGCUCUGUUGUCGUUGAUAGGUUGGCUCAAUCCAGAUUCGGGUUUGGUUCUGGGCAGUCACACGUUUAG